UAAAUCAGUUGCAUCUGUUGGAUAUUUGGCAGAAAUUAAUGAAAUCAAUAAACCAUUUAGCAAUUGUUUGAUAGAAAACAAAAAUAAAAUUUUGGUGUUUAAUAGGGCAGAAAUUUUAGAGAUAAUUAAGAAUCAGGUUAAAAAAACUGCAUUGAAAAUUAAACUGGAUGUAUAUAUCAGAAAAAGAGGAAUUUUUCAGGGAUUUGGUUUGUCAUCAAGUUUCUGUGAUUUGGUUUAUGAUCAUUUUUUAGAAAAAAUCCUAUUUAAUAUCGAUCUCUCAAAGAUUUUGAUUUUGAGAUUUGUUGAUGAUUUUUUAAUAAUUUCUUCCAGAAAAUCCAUGGCAAUUGAGAAUUAUCAAAAAAUUAAAAAUGGUCUUCAAGAAUAUUCAAUUUCAUUAAACAACAACAAAAUAUCAUCAAAUUUCUUUGAUCUGAGCAUUGCUCAAGAAAACACCAGCAAUAUCUUGAAUCAGUCACAAUUUAUAUUGUUUUGUGGUUUGAAUAUUUGCACAAGAUCAUUAAACAUUGUAAAAAUUCCCAAUAAGCUUCAUCUCAAUUCCGUCACUUCUAUUAAAAAAUUGUAUUAUUUUUUAAGAAAAUUACACAUUUUAAGAUUAAAAUCUUCAAUUAAUGGUCAUAAUUUAUCCAAUCUUCAUUUUGUGAAAUUAAAUAUUUAUAUUUGUGUCCAAAAUAUUGCAAAUUGUUUAGUUACUUAUACACACAACUUUUCAUUUGAACUAGAUCUAUUUAAAUUGUUUUUCAAAGAUAUCAUUAGUUCAACUUUCACCCAAUUAAAUUCUUAUAAGAAAAUCAAUAUUGGAGAUACAAAAUUUCUAAAAACAAUAAUAAAUGUUUGCGCAUCAGCAUUCUUAAUGGAAUUCAAUAAUUCAAAUACAAAGUUAAAAGAAAUCAGCUAUUUUUUGCAGUAUAUUCAUUUAAAGUAUUUUUUGUAUUAAAGUUAGACUUAGAAGCCCAGCAUACUUGUUUUCAUAAGGUUUAAAGUAAUAAUUACUAAAUCUAUUGUUGAUUUAAAUAUUGAUAUUGUAAUAAAAAACCUAAGCCUUAUCAAAGGAUAUAUAAUAUAAAAACUUUCAAAAAAACCAAUUUAUAUUGACAAAACCUAAAUUAAUGAUUAAUAGUUCAUUUGAAAUAGCUAUUUUUAAUAUAAAAUAUAGUCAAAUAAUAAUACUAACGA